AUGUUUUUGCCUAUUAAAUUUUUAAAAACGUUCGCUUUUAUCUAGGUCUUUAUAGAAAUAGGAAUCUCUUUAGCAGCAUUUGUUGGUGCAUAUUAUAUUUACAAACUCUUAAGUUAAGUAGAUAAUCAUCUCCAAGAAAUAGGAAUAGUAAUAAUUUGUCGAUUUUAGUAUUUUAUCACGACUUCAUUCUUAGCUACACCUUUCUUUGUUUUGGCUUUUGGAAUAUUUGCUGUGGCUAUAAGCGGGAUGCUUGGUACUCUAAUGAAGGAAAAAAAAUACUUAUUAGUAUUUUUUAAUGUCGGAAAUUUGUGCUUGGGUCUAAGUUUUGUAAUAUUAGGACUUAUUGCAAUGGCCCUUGAUAACUCUAUAGAAAAAGAUCAUACUUGUAGACCAUCUGAUCCUUAAUAUACAACAAUUUAAAAAUUGUAUAGUGAAGUAGAGAGUGUCUUAUGUAAGGAUUCUUGUGAAUGCUAUUAUUACAAGGAAAUCAAUUAUUAAGUAGCAAAAUAAGUAAAAGUGUACUCAAAGACUGAUUAAACAAAAGCAAUAAAUGCUUAAGAAUGUGAUUAUUUUGAUGGUGGUUUUCCUUUAGAUGUUGAUGUAGUUUAAUGGAUGGAAAAUGAAUUUGAUUGCUCAGGUUGGUGUAUUUCAUAUCCAAUUAAAUUUUUUGAUGAUGUUAAUUCUGAUGUUAAGAAUUAUAAAUAUUCAUGCUAUACAGCAAUAGGAAAUUAUUUUAAAACAAUAUUUCAUAUUUCUAAAAUAGUAUUUUUUGUAGUUUCAUCAAUUAUGGGAGUUAUGUUCGUCUUAACCUGUUGCUUAGGUUAUCAUCCAGAUCAUCAACACUAAUUUAAGAAUUAUAGAAAGAUAGCAGAUUAAAAAAAAUGA